AAAAGAGGAACAAAAAUGUGUUGGUGAGGCAAGCCAGCAAGGGUUGCUAAUAGGCUAUUGGAUCUAGAAGCAUUUAGGAAGUGGAAAUUUGUAAGUAAAAUUUUACUAUAGCGAUGAGUAGCUAUUUGUUCGUAGCUAUCUAGCUGAAUUAGUGGAGCUUUUGUCUAAUUUCAUCCAGACAUGCCAGGGGUCAAUUGCCAGUUUGCUGAAUACUUGCUAUGUGUUUUUUGGGGAAUCAUGUAAAGAUGCAUCAGAAUAGUCAAUUCUAGGCCUAUAUGAAAUCCGAGGAGCCAAAACAAAUUGCAAAGAUAAGGGCUUGCUUGAAGAAGUUUUCAUUGCAUCAUUCCCAGCAUAUAAGUAUCUUUCAUCCUGUUUGCAGAAUGUUUUUGGAAUCAAGGGAAUGAAAUAUGAGAAAAUCAACGUUUGAUUCAAAUGAGGAACUCCCACUUACAGUGAAAAGGAAGGAUUUUAGAAGAAAGAGAUCAUCAAGAGACUUGGAAGACCAUGAUGAGCAGAACGCUGAUCAAACGGUCACAUUUCCCUGCUCCCUAUGCAACCAUGAAAUUCAUGUACCUGGAAGUUUCUUCCAUAAAAAACAAGAUGCAGCUCUGGCCACACUGGGUUUUCAGUGGAUGGAUGAAAAGAAACCAGGGCCUUCAGUGAUCACUAUGCAGAGACAGCUUAUAAUUACUAAACUAUUGUCAUCUUCUACAUUCACUGAAAAAACCCUACAGAGUGUUAAUAAUGCUUUUGAGCUACUUUGGAAGAAACAAAUGCCUGCAUAUGAUAAGAUCAUUGAUAACAUUCACAGGAAUACCCUAUAUUAUCAAAAAACCUGCCACCUCUUAAUUAAAGGAAUAGCCAUUUGUGAAGACAGGAAUUCUACAUGGAGAACUGCCAUGAAUGAUAAAUUCACUGUAGUGAAUAAUUUUGGCAAAAAACCCAAUGUGUGUUUUUUGGGUUUGUUUGAUGGACAUCAUGGUGCCUCAGCAGCCACCUUGACUUCAACAGAGCUCCCAGUCUUACUUCUGCAUCAGCUUUCCAGAUUUGAUCCUUCCUACCAGAUGACCCCUGAAGAGCACAAAGUAAUCAAUUCCUUCCACACAGUGUUUAGGGAAGACUACAUAGCUACAGAAGACCUCUUUUCCUCCAUAAACAAAAGGACAGAAGAAUUGAAGUGUGAGUAUGAGGAUAUACACAAAGCCUUUGCAAAAGCAUUCUGGAGAAUGGAUAGGCUUCUACGUCUUGGAAGGAAGGAAGUAUCCAGGGUCCGAUGGAGUGGCUGUUCCGCAGUUACUUGCCUACUGGAAGGCAGCAUCAAAAGUCCCUUUGCUAAGAACUGGAGAAGAAUCAAUGACCAUAACUGCUUGGCAGAGAGGUUCCCUUGCCAGAUUUCUGGAAUACUACACAUUGCAAACACUGGUAUGUUUACUGAAUGA